CACUUUGGCCAUGUGAGUGAUGUUGUGUUGUAUUCGUGUUGUAGUUGUGUGAACGUGCAUCUCUGUCAAAACUCGGCAACAAGUAGAGUAUGUGGUGGAAUACAGAGUCGACACACUUCCAGGAUUAAUUAGGGUGUCGUUGGUGGCGCAGGUGAUAUAGAUCAAAGGGGAGCCGCUGGCGGAGGCGAGGGGGGCCUCACACUACGAGCGCCCCGUGGCCUGGAUCCGCGGCAACAAGAAGGGCUCCGGCUACCUCAUGCACGUCAACAAUGCCUUCCACCGUCUUGGCUAUGAGCUCUCGGAGGACGGCGAUGACUGGGACGUCCUGUGGUCGCACAACUACCCUUUCCGGGAGCUGAAGGAGAAGAUGACCAAGCUGAAGCCCCACCAGAGGGUCAACCACUUUCCCGGCUCGGGCUUCAUCACCAACAAGGUCAACCUCGCCACCUCGGGCCUGCCUUUCAUCCCGCGGGCGUUCAGGAUGCCCGACGAGAAGGAGGACCUGCUCAAGCAUGCGAAGCUCCACUCGGACCUCCUGUUCGUGCAGAAGUCCAACAACCAUCGCGGCAUUAAGAUCGAGAAGCUGGACGCCCUCGACUUGGGCGCCGACGGUUCCUUCGUGCAAGAGUUCGUACACAAUCCCCUGCUGGUGGACGGGUACAAGUUCGACAUCGGCGUGUACACCAUCGUCACCUCCAUACAGCCUCUCAGGGUUUACAUCUACGAGGGGGAUGUGCUUUUCAGGUUCUGCCCCGUGAAGUACCAUCCAUUCGACCCGGAGGUCCGGGACAAGUAUGUCGUAGGGGAUGACUACCUGCCCACGUGGAAGGUUCCCUCUCUUGCCAAGUACUACAAGGAUCUUGGUUUCGGCAUGAAGAGGUCCUUCGACGCUUGGCUGAAGUCACAAGAUAAGGACUCGGAAGUGGUGUGGGACGCCGUGCGAGAGGCCAUCCGCAACGUGUUCUACGGCAAGGAGAUGGCGCUGGUGCAGGCCACCAGCCACUAUCCGCGUUCCACCAACUUUUUCGAGAUGAUGCGCAUCGAUUUCGUCAUCGACGAUCAACUCAAAGUCCACCUGAUGGAGGCCAAUAUGUCUCCCAACCUCUCCUCGUCACACUUCAAGGAGAAUCGACUCCUAUACGAACAGGUAGUGUUCAAUCUGCUCUCGCUGGUGGGCGUGGGGCGCGCAGUGCACUCUGCCUCAUUGGCUCCGAACUCCCGGGAAGAGACGGAGAUGCAGGCGGCCCAGAAAGACGUCAUGGUAUUCCCCGAGCACUGUGCCGUCUCCUGCUCCCUCGAGAAGGCAUGCGACAAGGUGGAGUGCCAGCUGUGCAAGCCGUGCCUCAGCAGCGAGCAGCAGGAGGAAUUGACGCGAGCCUUCCUGGAGCACCAGCGGCGGGGCAUGUGCCGGCGGGUGGUGCCGCCAUCCAUCCAGCACCACCAUGCCCACGAGCCUGCCAACAUGAGCGGACUCUCGCCCGAAAAUACUCUGCUGACGGAGUGGUUCCGCGGGCAGUGUCUGCUCGAUCAGGCACUCUGCUCUUGACCAGGCCUCGGCGUCGCACGUGUACUUUUACACUCGUAAAUUAUGCAACAAGAAAGUGUCUCGAUUAAAUCAUAUGUUUGGGGCUGUCGGUGGGAGUUGUGGAUGUGCAGUAAGAUGUGAUACAGCUGCUAUUCAUUUAGAGAGCGAGUGAGUGAACGAGUCAGUGAGUGUGCAUGUUUGUGUUUGCAUCUAUAUCACUGUGUUUUUGUUUGAGUUUUCAACAAAGUUUAUCCUGAUCUUUAAUUAGUCAGCAUGUGUUGUUGUAUUGCAUAGGUGUUAAACAUCAAACAGAAAGACUAAAAUCGUGCCCAUAAGAUAUGGUUGUCCUAUCAGGUUCCUUGUUAAUCUGGACAGAGAUGUUUCAUGUUCGUUGUUCAAAUGAACGAAGCAAAAGCUGUUGUGCCUUGUUUUCUGUUUGUGCUUUAUCGUCGUAACGUCUGAAAUUAGAUCGGGAUUGGCUGACAGAUGGCAGCCGAAAUUCUGUGCACAAAUCGUCUUGCACAUAUUUUUUGUACUUAAUAUAAAGUUCAUGUUAUGUAUGACACUAUGUAUAUUUUAAGACUGUUAUUAACCAAGUGCAAUUUAGUGUCACAAAGUAUCUGUUACGAAGAAAAAUAUAACAUAAAGAUAUGUAUUUUAUUAAGAUAAUUAGAUAUGGAAGAGAUCAGUAACAGUUUUUAUUUUAUGUAUAUAUUUUGCUUAAAAUUUGUUUAAUCUUUAUUUGUUUGUCUGAUAAUUGUAUUUUUAUAAUUUAGAUAUACCUUGAAGUUUUCCUCACAUUAUGUGUAUUUGUUGUCUUUCAGAGGCUAUUGAAGUGUUAAUGCAAUAAAUGGCCUUCUUGUUCGAGAUAUUAACAUAAUUCUUGUAUAGUGAUAAUCACUUUCGCGUUACUUCACAUGUAUGUCACUUGUAAGUAGCGUCAUCAUCACGCCAUCACAAUAAAGGUCUUUUUUAUAA